UGAACAGUACACCUGUUACACUUCCCACACUUUCUCUCCCUCCUCCUGUCCCGCUCUCUUCCCUUGUUUUUUUUUUUUUAAUUUUUAUUAUUUUAUUUUCCCCUUUGGCUGGUACGAUAACACAAAAGAGUUGACGGCUUCAUCAUAACUAUGGAUCCCAAGGAGGCCAGCGGGCCUGAGAAAGAGAAGGAGAAAGAGAAGGAGAAAGGAAUAAAGAGGAGGAACAGGCCCGUGUUCCUGCGCUACCUGGAAAGGAGGAAGACUGACUCGAUAGUGGCCGACGACAUGGCCAAAGGUGACAUCAACCUGGGAACGCUGGUGAGGAGGAGUCAGUCAGACAAGACAGAGUACAGCACAAAACUUAAAGAGAGAAUGACGCCGCAUGAGCUGUCAUCCACUUCCUCUCCAACCCCCCCUGACCCUGAGGAGGUGCGCACAAGAAAAAUGAGCCGUAGGGCAAAGGUCAUCCAGGAGUUAGUGCAGACGGAAAAGGACUACUUCACAGACCUGGAGCUGUGUAUCAGAGAGGUGGUCAAGCCUCUCAGAGGUCUGCAGGUGGUGGAUGUUGACAGGCUGUUUAGCAACAUGGAGACAGUGAGUGAAGUAUCUGCAGCACUCCUUCAAAGACUGCAGGAGGCCACUGCUGAACCUGACCCCGAUACAAUUAUUAUUGGGGAAGUUUUCAUCCAGGCCAAGGCAACCUUGGAGGACAUUUAUAAGAUUUAUUGUUACCAUCACGAUGAUGCUAAUUCAUUACUAAAAUCAUAUGAAAAGGAGGAAGAAUUAAAGCAGCAUUUCAUCAAGUGUGUAUUAGCCCUGAAGUAA